GUCACUAACCUUUUGAUAAACAAAUAAAACUUUUCUCUUAAGUUUUUUUAUCAACCAUAUACAAAUUAGACCACAAUACAUGACAGAAACAAACUACUGCUCUCAGCCAAAGUUCGUUACUCUCUGUUAAAAGAGAACCAUUUUGAUUUGGAUCAAGAUCUACAAACAAAAGUCUGUGGGCAUGGGCUCAAAAAUAGGGAAGCCUAAAAACGAGGAGAGACAACAUGAUCCGAAGUUCGGAGGUCCAAUUAAAGACAGAGGGUGUACCGACGUCAUCUGCCUGCUGAUAUUCUUCGCAGCAGUCUUCCUGUAUGUCAUUGUCAGCACUGUUGCUUUCUACUAUGGCAGCCCGCUGAUGUUGAUACUUCCCAAGGACUCGGAUGGGAAUGCGUGUGGGUUCGACAACAGAGAACGCAUCGCACUCGGGGUGGACAUGACUAAUAAGCGGUACCUGCACAUGUUCGACAUCACGAAGUGUACCAACAUCGCCUCCAAUGCGGUCAUCACGGGGGAGAUUGCAUGUCCUACCACUUCAGUUUGUAUGGAAGAGUGUCCGAGUAGCAUGUGGUUGGGGUACUGGGAGUUGGUGAAGCAGGAGGCGGGAGCGUCAGUCGACUACACCAAGUUCAUUUGCAGAAACGGAGUCAAUCCUGGAACUGGCCCAGGCGAGGUGUCGGACGUGAAUGACUUGAUCCAGACCACGUUUGGGGGUGCCGAUGGACCAUGUGCCUCCUACUAUUUCGAGGAACAGCCACUUCUACAUCGUUGCUUGCCGAGCAUGCUGUUUGACAUCAUAGACACGACAGUGGACUCGUACGAAUUCAUAGCUGACAAUGGCACUACAUACCCCCUCGGACCCCUGGACGCAUCCGGGGCAGUGAGCGCCAUAACUGGACCCAUCAUGCAAGUCAUCGGAGAGGUAGUGGCAGGCUUCUACACUGCCCAGGGCAUCACCUAUCAAAUUCUGGAUGACCUGGUGGACUGCUGGGAAAUGAUGGCAGUGUUCAUGACAGUCUCCUGCUUUCUCAUCGCCCUCACCAUUGUCCUCAUGGGCAUCGUGGCCAAAAUUGUCAUCUGGACACUGCUCAUUGUAGUCCACGUUGCACUCCUUGCAGGUGUGUACUUCUGCUACCUGAAAUAUCAGGAGUUGAGGAGUGAGCAGAAUGUGGCAGAGGAUCCGAACAACUAUAACCUGGAGGCCAACAUGGAAUACUACAGCAGUCUCUACCAGACAUGGAGAUAUAUUGGAAUGGUGUUGGCAGCGCUGUUUGGCAUCAUACUCCUCCUCACCUGCUUCCUCUUCAACAGGAUCCGCCUGGCCAUCCAGGUCAUCAUCGAGGCCAGCGCUGCUGUGCGAAGUAUGCUGUGCUCCCUUACGACCAGCAUCUUCCCAUGGAUGCUACAGCUGUGCAUAAUGGCCUACUUCCUGGUGCUGACAGCAUACAUCGCCAGUUACGAGGGGGACCCAGUGUACAACACUGGAUCGAACAGCUCCAACGCCUCCAUUGCUAACUCAGAUGCUGGAGAUCCCUGCACCCCCACUUUAACCUAUGACAACGUCACUCUUAAUAACGGCUCCGGACAGUUAAUUGCAUCCACUGGCAACUGCUACUUCCAGACAUAUGUAGGCCAGGACAAGCUCAACUACGUGCACGCCUACAACAUCUUCAUGUGUCUGUGGCUGCUCAACUUCGUCGAUGCCAUCGGCCAGUGCACUCUGGCUGGGGGCUAUGCCGACUAUUACUGGAGCAGAGGCAAAGCAGGACAGCUCUCCACUUUCUUCUCCCUCUUCAGGGUGCUAAGAUAUCACAUUGGUUCUAUGGCGUUUGGAUCCUUCAUCAUCGCUGUGGUCCAGUUCAUCAGGCUGAUCCUGGAGUACCUGGACAGAAAACUGAAGAAGAAGAAGAACCUGCCGGCCAAAAUAGUUCUCUGUAUGUGCAAGUGCUUCUUCUGGUGCUUCGAGAAGUUUAUCAAAUUCAUCAGCAAGAAUGCAUACAUCCUCAUUGCAAUCUAUGGUCGAAACUUCUGUUUCUCUGCAAUGGACGCCUUCUUUCUCAUCCUGCGCAAUGCAGUGCGGGUUGCAGUCGUCAACGGCAUCACCGCAUUCCUCAUAUUUGUCUCGAAAAUGGCACUCACAGCUUCAAUGGUAUUUGCAUCGUUCCUGUUCUUCUCUGGUCACAUCACUGCAGUGAACGAGUGGGUGCCAGACCUCAAUUACUACUUCAUACCCAUCAUUGUGAUCGGAGUGAUGACUUACAUUGUGGCUUCCAUAUUCCUGGACACAUAUGACAUGGCGGUAGAUACCAUCUUUCUAUGUGUCUUAGAAGACAUGGAGCGGAACGACGGCUCCCCUGAGAAGCCCUACCACAUGAGUGAUUCCCUCAUGAGCAUCCUGGGCAAGAAGAACGAUUUCAAGUAGAAACCAAAUCGGGAAACCAAAUUUUGACAAUCAAUCCUAUCACUUCUUUUGGAUGCUAAUUUUGUUUAUAGUUGUACAACCAUGUCAAUAUACAAAUCAAAACGCACAGCAGAAGCUAUUCGACCUACAAGGAUUAAUUUAUAAAUAAAAUGAAUCAUAUAAUCUCGAAAAUAAAAAAAAAUCAUUUAAUUUGUGAAUUCUUCCAAACGGAAAGAUUCUGUGCACAGAUUAUUUCCCUGUAUAUUAGGCAUAAGUAAUUGAAACGUAUCAGUUUCCAAUUUAUUAGGACUUCAUAAACUCAGUAAACCAACAAAUAAUUGUGGCUUCUGCGAUUCGCACAGGAUCUAUGAAAGGAUAUCCAGCCGGUCUAAACAUUUUUCGUUUCUUUGUUUCCCCACAUUUCAGAUUGAUUUUUUUUAUUGUGCGAAGCUUUUCUUUUUGCAUUUCAAUGUCGUUUUUUUUGUGUCUGGAUUUUUCGUGUGUUAGCAAGCACUGAAGUUUUACGGAUCAUAAU